AUGACUAAAACCAGUUUCGCUCAACAACAAGGCAAUACAACAAGUAAUAUCAACGAUUUAAAUAAUAAACAACAUGUAAAUCACGAAAAUCCAUUUCAAAUUUCAAACCAAGCACUGAACUAUGCAGCAUCAACACAUCUCCAUCCGAUUAAAUUAGAAUGUGAACCCACAAUGAAAGAUCAAAGAACAGCAGCCAAAUUCAUUCAACAAUUCUUCAAAUAUAUUGAAAAAGAUUUCUAUCAACAGAAUAUUACUCAACAAAAACCGAUUGGUUUUGAACAAUGGUGGAUUGACAAAGAAGGUAAUAUUCAAGGUAUAACGAAAGUAAUAGAUGGGUGUGGGUGUGGUGUGUGGGUGGGUGUGAGGUGUGGGUGUGAGGUGUGGGUGUGGGUGUGUGGGUGUGGGUGUGGAUGGUGUGGGUGGGGUGUGGGUGUGGGUGUGGGGUGUGGGUGUGGGUGGGUGUGGGUUUGAGAUGUUCUAUUGUUUCAUACGCGUACUCAUACCCACACCCACACCCUUCGGCGACGGAAAGUAUUGACCUGAAGUUUAGCAAUUUGCUUAAUACUAUA